AUGAUUUCAAAGAACUCAUUCAAUCUUCAUGAUGAACUAGCAGCAGCUGGUUCGGUGAUACAUCCCUCUCACUAUGAAUUGUCUAUUACUCUUUCCGAUGAUUUUUAUAAUGACAAAACAAAUGGAAAUGAUGUGUUGUUCAAUGGAAGUUUGACCAUUCAUUGCAAUAUUUCCAAUUCGGAUGAUGUUGAACAUGACACUAUUUUAUCAAGCAUUGAACUCGAUUGCAACUCGGACAGAGUUGAAAUUUUAGGAGUGAGUAUUGAAAAGAAUAAGAACAAAUUAAAAGGAGUUGUAUUUGAACAAUUGAAAAGGACGAUAGCUGUUGCAUCAUCAUCGGAUAGUGGAAAAAAGAAAAACAAAGAAAAAAGAAAUGAAACGAAAUCAAGUAAUUCUUCUCAACAUUCUUUAUCGGAACAGAAUUUAAAAAGAAAAGGCUUGAUGAUAACAUCUCCAAUCGAACCUCUCAAUGUUGGAAAAUAUGAAAUCAAAAUAUCGUUUAAAGGAUUGGUUGUACCUGCUAAGAAAGCCAUGUCAGGCUUGUUCUAUUCAGUUCAUCCAAAAAUCGGAAGCAAGAUUUUGUGCUCUCAUUUUGAGGCUCAAUUUGCUCAUUAUGUAUUUCCUUGUUUUGAUGAUUGGGAGGAGAAGGCUACUUUCCAGCUUUCAGUAAGCAAUUUACAUUCAAAUUUCAAAUGUAUUUCAAACACAACACCCAAAACGAAAAACGAUUCCAAAAAGACAAUCACCUUCAAUACUACUCCUAAAAUGUCAAUAUAUCUAGUAGGACUAUUUAUUGGGCAAUUUGAAUGUAUAGAAACAGAAUUUACAUCCAAUUUAGAUGGUAUUGAAAUUCCGAUUAGCGUCAAUUAUUUGGAAUCAACAUCGCUUAUUGUUGAGAAUGCCAAAACUGUACUUGGCAUGUCAUGUAAAAUUUUACCAAUUCUGGAAAACUAUUUCGACAGCGCCCUCUCAAAACAACAAAUCUCUAAAAUUGAUUGGAUUAUUAUUCCUGAUUUGAUUAUUGGUGGAGGUAUGGAAAACUGGGGUUGCAUUACCUUACUCGAAAAACAUACAGCUAAUAGUGCUAUGGAUAUGAAAAAGUUGGGCCCAUUUGUUGAAAUACUUUCUCAUGAACUGUCACAUUUUUGGGUAGGAAAUCUGGUUGGAUUCCCAUUCCAUAUUAAAGAAGGGUUAGCUCUCUAUCUAGAACAAAUUGUUACGGACGAAGUGCUGAAGCGUCCUUCAUCUCUUUCCACAAAGAAAAAUUCGACAGAGAAAAGAAAGGAUUUGGUGAGUGAAAUUAAGCAAGGAAAUGAACAUUUAUCUGUUGAACAGGCAUUUUCGAAAAUGUUUUCUGGAGUUGCAUACACUCAAUGUUUUGAUUGGAUAUGUACAGAAUGUGUUGGAACAUUGGGAUCUACCACCUUUAGAGAUAGACUUCGACAGCUCAUUUCAGAAAAUGAAUUUGGAUUUGUUAAUGAAAAGGACUUUAAGAAAGUCUUUAAGUAA